AUUGCGCAACUUUUCCCUCCAACAUAAUUAUUUUUCUCGCAAACAAUCAUGACGACACCACUGCAGCAGGGCAACCUUGCCCAUCUUUUACCGCCCAGCUGGAAGACUCAAGUCACAGCUUGGCUUGACGAAGACACACCUUCUUGCGACUAUGCCGGUUUCGUUGUAGGCGAGCAGCCUCGCACCGCAACCCUUUGGGGCAAGUCAGCCGGAGUCAUUGCAGGACGACCAUUUUUUGACGAGGUUUUCCAACAGUGCGGGUGCAAAGUAGAGUGGCACGCUAGUGAGGGAGACGCAGUAGACAUCAGCGCCAACGGCGGCAAGAUGAAAGUGGCUACAGUUACUGGCCCGGCUCGUGGUCUGCUGCUGGGCGAGAGAGUGGCUCUCAACACAUUGUCUCGAUGCUCCGGUAUCGCAACACGGAGCAAAGAGCUCGUGGACCUGCUUCGAGCAGGCGGUUACAAGGGAAUUCUUGCAGGCACACGCAAAACCACCCCCGGAUACCGUCUUGUUGAGAAGUAUGGUAUGCUUGCUGGUGGCGCCGACGGCCACCGCAUGGACCUCAGCUCCAUGGUGAUGCUCAAGGACAACCAUGUCUGGAGCAGAGGAAGCAUCACUGAAGCUGUAGUGGCUGCACGAUCUGUGGCUGGCUUUUCCAUGAAGAUUGAAGUGGAGGUUCAGUCGGAAGAAGAAGCGGACGAGGCUAUUGCUGCUGGUGCGGAUAUUGUGAUGCUCGAUAACUUUACUGGCGAUGGGGUCAAGAUUGCAUCCAAGAGCCUCCAAGAGCGAUGGCAGGGCAAGAAACACUUCCUUCUGGAAGUAUCAGGAGGUUUGACCAACCAGAAUGUGGCAGCAUACGUGUGCAAUGACAUUGACAUUAUCUCAACAAGCUAUAUUCACCAGGGCGUCCCCCAUGUCGACUUUUCGCUUAAGAUUGAGCAUUAGAUGUAGAAAAGUACAGUCUCGAAUUUAAUAUCUCCACUAUAGAUAAUA